ACGGAGUUCGUAGUCAGCAGCACAGGUCGCAACUCGUAAGGCACUUGCUGACGGUUGGUCACGGCGCGAGUUUGGGUUGUCCAGGUCUUGUCUUGGCAAAAAGAGUCGGAACACGCCCUGUGAAUGCAAAGGAUGUGGCCACUGUGAGGAACCGUUUGAGAUAUUAAUGUGAAAGUGUGCAGCUGGUUAAGGGAUAAGUUGCCGUUUUGUUACGUGGAAGAAAUCCAGUGAGAAAAAUCUUCCCACGCAGUUCACACUAGUGACGACAUGUUCCAGUAGUUUGGAGGAUAAAAAGAAAAACAAAUCUAAAGGGAAAACAUGGAGCAAGCUCGAGUGCACAGCAAAAGCAAACACCGGAGUUCCCGAUCCGGGUCGAGUUCGCGGCGAGUGUCUUCCAGCUCCAGGCUCGAGCUCGAGCCAGUACAGCAUCAGGAUGACGAAUCGGCUAAAAAUAGACCGUCGCCACCCGUGCCUGCCGUCAGGACCACUGUACGGCCCUCGGAAGACAACGGAGCAGAUACUGGCAGCAGCAGUGCCACCACCACCAAUGCCAGUGCCAAAAUCAAUAACAAUAACAACAAUGACGAUGACGCAAUUGACAAGAACCAGAAUCCACCGGAUCUGGCGACGGUGGACUCGACCUCCCUGGAAACAGUCCCCGGCGGCGUCAAUACCACCGAAGACAAGCUGCUCCAGAAAGGCAUCCUCGGCUACAUGGACCGCCAACUCAAAGUCCAGUCCCUGUCCGACCCCCAGAAAUCCCCGGCCCAGCGCUCGACGCGCUCGACCCGGUCUAGCCUGGACAAGAGCCCACGCCGGAAGCGCAGCAAAUCGGAGUCGCGUAGGCGUCGCGAGCGGAAAAUCAUCGCCGCCGGAGAGAUGGAGGUCCGCCAGGCCAACGAAACGCUGAUGCGGUACCUCAAGCAGUGUUCCGACUUUAACGACGCGUCCCUGUCCGGGGAUUUGGAGAUUCCGGAAAACCUGGAAGACCGACGCGUCCACCGGAAGACCAAGUCCCAGCGGGAGCGGAAGCACCAGCAGCAGGGCGGUGGUGGCGGCAGCGGUGGCCCAAAGCCCGCGGGUGACGACAGCGGGGCGUACCAUGGCGAGAUCUACAAUCCAUUCACGCCGGUGGUGUCCCCCACGACGGAAGCGGCCCCGACGCGGAUCGACAAGAUGUACAUUCAGACGGCCAGCGGGUACCGGCCGGUCGACAAUAGUUACCAGUACUCCCACCAUCGGCACCAUCACCACCAUUUGCAUCCGCACAGUCAUAUGCACCAGCUGCAGCUGCACCGGUCGCGCAGCGGUGAUCCCGAAAGCAAUAACUUCCCAAUCAGCACCGCGGUGCACCUGUCCUGUGCGGUCCAGCGGGCCUGGCUGCACGUGUCCAGCAUCUGCCACGGGCUGCUCGGCGGGCUCGCGCUCGCCCAUCUGCUGCUGAUCUGCACCACCAAACCGUACGACUGGGUUGAGGCGUCGAUCCGCCACUACUCGGCCUUCGCGGAGGUUUACGCCAACACGUUCUACUGCUUGGCCAUCGUCUGUAUGGUUUCGAUAUUCGAUAGAAUGGACAUAUCACACUUCAGCCUAUCCGGUGCGGCGGAAAGCAACAUCUCCUUCCGGUCGGUGGUAAUUAUCAUGAUCUACGCAGCGACGAUUAUCCUGAGCCUGUCGGCGGGCUCGAUGGACGAGCGGCUGUACCUGUCGGCGGCGGUGAACGUGACCGUGUGGGAGGAGGAAUUGGAAACCAACAAAGUUCUCAGUAUCUGGAACACGCUGUCGAUAGCGCGCAGCGUCGGUGCCAUCUUCGGCUGGGUGGUCAUCGGAAUGUCCCCGGAACAGGACCAGCUGUACGAGCAUCUGCUCGAGAUGGAGAAAUACCAGCUGCAGUAGACAGCAGCAACUCGAAGAUAAUAAGCUAAGCCCUUUUUUCUUAUGUUGUUGUUGAGCUGUUAAGUUGUAAGACUUUAUACGGACGUGAAGGACAGCAAAAGUCACUGGAGAUGGCACCUUUUGUGUAAAUACAGCAAGAAACGUGUCGUAUGCUGGUGAGUGCGUGCGAGCGAUUCCAAAGUACUUGGCGUGAUUUGCCACGUGCAUUGGAGUAGUUCACAAACUGAAAUGAAUAAAAUAAAUUAAUAAAUCAGUAGCUACAAUAGCAACGCGGUACCAAUGCUAUCCACAACUGUAACAAUAAUUCAGCAAAUAAACAAAAGGAGAACUAAAGGACUACAAUAGGAUACAAACAGACACACACGCGUACACAAUAAUGGCAAAAAACCAAUCGAAGUAAAGAUAUAAAAAAAACUGUUAUCACUUAUCCAGGUCAUGGGAAACCAAUACGAACCAGCUUGAAUUAAUCCAAUCGUCGUGACAUGAAAUGUUCAAUAUGAAUUACCUAAUUUUAGAAGAUAAUCCGAAGGUUUAAAAUCUCCUGUAGUAGAACAAUACCAAGUUGAUAAAUCGUUUAACUCAUUUACUCCAAGUUUCGUAAAAAAAAUCAUGACAAACAAUCACUAGUGGAAUUUCGUGGAUCUCGUUUUAUCCUGACAUACAAUUAUCAAAUAACUGUACGCUGGCCAGCAAAACAAGAAAAAAAACUGUACAUAUAAACACAAGGAAGGGUCGUGACUGUAGCUUAAAACAAUUGAAAACUGUGUAGUAAAGUAAAGAAUCACGUUGUAGUGGAGCAAUGUCGUUUUGUGAAAAAGAAAGCAAGCAAAGGACUGAACAAAAAAAAAACUAGAAGAAAUAAACCUAAAGAAUCAAUAAAGUUGUUGUAAGCAAAGAUGAACUAAGAUAAAACAAUGAGAUAAUCAAAUGAUAGUGAACGAGAGGAGAGAAAUCAAGAGAUGGAAUUAAAUGCUGUGAUUGCAUUGAGAUUGUUUCACCAAACCGACAAAUCACCAGUAGAAAAUCGCUGUCCUCCCACACUUACACACACAUCAAUAGAGAGCAAAGCACACGUAUCCCAAAUGAAAGCUAGUAUAUUUGUAGUACCAACACACAAACUCAACACACACAGAGAGUAAUAGCUAUUAUAAAACAUUAUUUAGAAAAAUCACAGAAACCAGAACAAAAUCUAACUAUCGAACCCUUCCGUGGAAGGCGAAAACACGUGAGUGAAGUUGAUAUCUCUAUUUAUAUGCCAGUCUAGGUC